AUGAUUUUCUCACGCAUCAUCUCGCUCGUCCUGCGAGUUUCACAGUUCGUAUUUGCAGCCAUCGUUCUUGGCCUGACAGCCUACUUUGUCUACAAGAUUGAAAACCCAGAUCGUGGACCGCGUGGUCGCCGCGACCGUCGUGACCGCUGGGAUGACGAUGACCGAUGGGACAGCGCCCGUUGGCGUGACCGUUGGGAUCCUGCCCGCUGGAGGGACGAUGAUGACCGGGACCCUCUUGGUCGAUUGAUCUUUGCCCUUGUGUGGUCGUCUCUUUCCAUCAUCUUUGCUGUUAUUUGGGCGAUUCCCACGACGUUUGCUAUGAAGGGAUUUAUUUCCGAUUUCAUCUUCACAGCAGGUUGGGCUGCCGUCUUCGGCCUCCUCGUCGACUGGUUCAACGACGCCAACUGUGGUAGCCCAUGGGCGUGGGGCGGUCUGUCACUCAGACGCGGCGACACCUGCGGCCAAUGGCGUGCUGCCCAGGCUUUUUCUUUCUUGUCAUUGAUCACCUGGUUUGCAACUGGCAUUCUCGGCAUUAUUAUGUUGCUCCGCCUGAGACGCCGCGCGGCAGCAGCGUAA